AUGAAUCAACAACAAAUCGAUGCCUACAGACUACAAUUGCUUACAUCCUACUAUCAACAACGGCAUCAACAGCAACAACAACAGCAGCAGCAGCAGAUGCAGAACAAUGCUGCCAACUAUUAUUAUAACAUGCCAAGUAGCACGGCCGUUCAACCUGAACCAUCCCCUUCUACCAUGGCAUUGCUGAAUGGGUUGCAGCAGCAAUAUCGCCAGGAACAGCUACAUCAAGCACAACUAUCAUCACCUCCUCCAACCAAUGCCAUGCUUCCAGCUGGUGGAAUUGUAGCACCAACAUCACCUAUGAUUGGGAAUACCAUGCCAGCUCAUUAUCAACAAGAAGAAGUACCAUCAUCACCACCACCUCAACCACCAGUUGAAAAGCUCAAAAAGAAGAAAUCAUUCCUUGCAAGAAAAAAGACCAACCGAGAACCACGUGAUCCUAGCUUUUGGAGUCCACGACAUGCCAAGCAUAUGAAAAAGAUGGCAGCAGCCAACAGCCAAAAGGAAUCCAUGGAUGGUUCGACUACAGCCAUGCCUGGUGGAUAUCCAUCAUCACCACCACCUCCAUACCAACAACAACAACAUCAUUCAUCAUCAGCAACAGCAGCAACAGCAUCACCACCACCUCCACCACCACCAAUGCCAUCACCACCUUUUAGCUUGCCUCAGCUGCCAGCAGGUGGCUAUCUUUAUUAUUGUCCUCCACCUCAAACACCUGCUGCUCCACCUGCACCUGAAGCUGAUCGAACAAACACAGAGCCAGCAUCUGCCAAAAAGCAAUAUCGCAUUAAUGCAACAUCCUAUAAUCCAAGGCAAGGACAACCUGGUGAUCGAUGUAUGAUUAUGUAG